AUGGCCGAACCAACUCGGGAGCCCGCUGACCCCAUCGUCAGAGGCACUUUCGCGACGGCCAAACAAUCGCUCUCUGACCUCUUCAAAUGGAAGCAGCGAGUCGCCAUCACCAAUGAGGCUGGUGAAACUCAUUGCGAGUGGCAGAGCCCACAACCUCUGAAAAACCCCAUCAGCCUGUUCGCUCAGCUUGACGCAAAGGGCUGGCUCUUCUUCCUCGUUGGCUUGUCCGCCUGGAUGGCCGAUGCUUUCGACUUCCACGCCUUGUCUAUUCAGACCGCCAAGUUAGCAAAAUAUUACGACACCAGCAAAACCAAUAUCACAACUGCCAUCACGCUGACACUCUUGCUCCGCUCCGUAGGAGCCGCCUUCUUUGGCGCUGCAGGAGACAAAUUUGGGCGAAAGUGGCCCAUGGUAAUUAACAUGCUGGUUUUGGGCCUGCUCCAGGUUGCCACUAUCUACAGCUCCACAUUCAGUCAGUUCUUGGCGGUUCGAUCUCUUUUUGGCUUGUUCAUGGGUGGUGUCUAUGGCAAUGCCAUUGCAAUGGCGCUUGAAAAUUGUCCUGUGGAUGCUCGAGGACUUAUGUCAGGUAUCCUUCAACAAGGAUAUUCGCUCGGCUAUGUGAUUGCCGCCAGUUGUAACCUGGGUGUCGGCGGCUCGACAAAUUCCUGGAAAACGGUUUUCUGGAUUGGCACCGGUCUCUCGAUCGCAGUUGGUCUUAUCAGAAUCGCCUUCCCAGAGUCCCAGCAAUUCACCGAGGCCAAAAGAGAAGGCAAGGGUAAGACAUCUCCUUCGGCCUUCUGGGCAGAAACCCGCAAGAUGCUCAAAGAAGAAUGGCGCAUGUGCAUUUACUGCAUCAUUCUGAUGACCUGGUUCAACUAUUACUCCCAUACGAGCCAGGAUAGUUAUACGACCUUCAUGCUAACCCAGAAGGAGAUGAACAACGCUCAGGCUUCGCGCGCGUCCAUACUCAUGAAGACUGGAGCCUGUGUCGGUGGUUCGAUCAUCGGAUAUGCCUCUCAAUGGAUCGGGCGACGUCGCGCAAUCGUUGGCUCGGCCUUGAUGUCUGCAAUUCUCAUCCCAGCCUGGAUCCUUCCCACCUCCGAACGCAGUCUUUCAGCCUCGGGCUUCUUCAUGCAGUUUUUCGUGCAGGGUGCGUGGGGUGUCAUUCCAAUCCACUUGAACGAACUCUCCCCACCCGCAUUCAGAUCCUCAUUCGUCGGUAUCACCUACCAAAUCGGAAACAUGAUCUCCUCACCCUCAGCACAGAUCGUGAACGCCAUCUCGGAGAAGACCUUCGUCAAGGGCCCAGAUGGCGAGCCUGUUGAAGCAUACGGCCCAGUUAUGGGUAUUGCGACCGUCAUCAUCGCUCUCGGCAUCAUCGUCACCACAGCCUUAGGUCCAGAACGCCGUGGUGCAAGAUUUGAGCUUAGCAAGCCCGCCGGUGUGACCGAGACCGAGCUCCGCGCCAAGUCCAUCGAUGCUGAGAGCGCCACUGUCCAAAUCGAGAAGGCUCAGGCUACCCAGGCUGAACAUGUCCGGGAAAAGAUCUGA